AUGGUGACGCCAACGAACAAAAGCAUAACUGCCGUUUACGGCCAACCGUUGACCCUUAGCAUGGAAUUCUGCGCCAAUCCUCCCUAUAGCAAGGUAUUUUGGAUUGCCAAAGAUCAGAAGGUCUAUUUGCCGGGAGAUGCCGACAAGAACGCCAUUGCCUAUGGCUUAACGGUGACCAACGUGGACAUCGGAGAGUACACGUUUUUGGUGCGCUCACCAAACGGCCUGGCCGAGGGAAACUUCCACGUCAACAUGACGUACGCGAGCGGUUACAACUUGCAAGACGUCACGACGGAGAACGGCUCGUCCAGAAUAGCAGCGCCCACCUUGGCCGCCAUUUAUAUAAAUGUGAUUGUUUUAAUACUUUUAUUAAUGAUAAAUUGUUACUGA